CGGCAUUGUGCACUGCGACGUAAACGUGACGCCGGAAAUGGAGGACAGUUUGGAAGCGCUGGUAUCUGGGCAGAUUAUCCGCGCUGAGCACAGUUCCCUGGUGUUCAUGUAGGGGUGGGGAAAGUACUCCUAUAGCUGACACAUUGCACGUCAGAAUUGUUUAUUGUUUAUUCAUGGAGCUGACAUGAAUUUGCAGCGAAAGAGUUACACAUUAGUAGUUAUCCGUUUAGCCUCCGUUAGCGCAGUUGUGGUAAUGGCGCUUUCUCACGCACAUGUCUGACUGCGUUCCUCCGCUGGCAUCCUGUGCUCGUCUCACUCUAACACGCGUGUUCGGUCAGGGUCGUUGAUUUAUUUACUUCUACCACGAUGGCCAGUGUGCACGAGAGCUUGUAUUUCAACCCUAUGAUUAGCAAUGGCGUGGUGCAGGCGAACAUCUUCGGCAUCAAGGACUGGGUGACCCCCUACAAGAUCGCUCUUUUAGCGCUGCUCCACGAAAUGUCAACAACGAAGCCAAUGGCGCUUCUAGACAGGAGGCGUCUGAACAAGCUCAUCUUACCCCUGCAACAGGGUCCAGAUCUGACGUUUGAGCAGCUCCUGAGUACUGUGGAAGAGUGCUGCGCUCCUAUGGUGAAUGCUGUCAAACUCAGGUUGUUCCUGAUGGCAGACAGAGAGCUACAGGACAUGGAGCAUUUCUUUGCCAUUCUGCCAAAUGCCUUUAGUGAUUCAGAAGCAUACAAGACCAGCGUGGUUGGUCUGUACAUGAGACAGAUGCUGCUCGCCUACAACAAGCUCUCCUUUAGUCAGGUGUACAAGCUCUACAAAACCCUGCAGCAGUACUGUCGCCAGGGGCAACGACCCCCACGUGACUUCUCUACUCUGGCCGCCGAGGACAUGGAGCUGACCAGCAAUGAUGACCCGGGCGCCGACCCCAUGGACGGAGAGGAGCUGGACGCAGGGUCGCUGCACCAGUCCGACCUUGGGUGUGACGAGGCUCGCGGUCCACUCUCUCAGAAACAGGCCGAGUACUUCCUCGCCCGGCAGGCGUACCUGCUGAAGAACGAUGAGAACAAGGCCAUGAGACCGGCUACACUGCAGGAGGAGCUCAAUAACAUCCUCAAGUUCAACCCCGACUUCGCCGAGGCUCACUACCUGAGCUACCUGAACAGCGUGCGUGUUCAGGACCUCUACAUCUCCACCCACAGUCUGCUUCACUACUUUGACCGUCUCAUCCUGUGUGGGGGGGAGGGGAAGAGUAACGGAGACGAGGGUUACGGACGCAGCCUCCGUUACGCCGUGCUCAAUCUGGCAACCCUGCACUGCCGCUUCGGACACUAUCAGCAGGCUGAUCUGGCUCUACAGGAGGCGAUUCGCAUCGCACAGGAAGCAAAUGAUCAUGUGUGCCUUCAGCACUGCCUGAGUUGGUUAUACACUCUGGAACAGAUGAAGGGUUCAGACAGUGUGACUCUGACUGAAGACUCUGUUAAAAUGGCUGCACAUUUCUGUCUACCUUAUUUGGCGUCUCUGGGUGUCCAGUCUCUGGUCCAGCAGGGGGCGACGCAGGGCAUUCCAGCCAACAGGCUUUUGGACGCCCUGCGUGGGACGGACGUCGUGCACUGGAAGCAGAGCCUAUCCGAGCUCGUAGAGAUCAGUCUGGCGCAAACGGCCUCUAUAUGGAGGCUAUAUGGCAAGAGCACUAUGGCCCAGCAGCAGGUCCAGCUCCUCCUCGGUAUGGCCAGUCUGGAGUCUGUGAACUACGGUGUUCAGCAGAACAACACGGAGCCGUUCGCCAUCGCUCUGUGUCACCUGGCAGAGCUGCACGCAGACCAGGGCUUGUACGGUGCGGUUGGUGACAUCAUUAAACACCUGAAGCAGCAGUUUCCUUCCCACACUCAGCACUCCAAGCUCUGGAUGCUGUGUGACCUGAAGAUCCAGUUUGAGAAGGCUAUGAAUUCUGGGAAGUUCCACCUGGCUGAGCCCCAUGUUACCGCCAUCGGUGCUCUGGACAGUAUGGAGGGGCUGUACAGGAAAGCCCAAUUGCUGAGGGCCCUGAACCAGAUGUCGGAGGCCUCUAAGAUCCUACAGCAGGUCCAACAGUUGGGUGUGAAGAAAAGGAACACUGAGAUGAUCAUCAGGGUGAUGCUGGCUACUGCAGAGCUGCACUGGGACUCGUCUGGUUUUUCUGCUUCUCUCCCGCUCCUGCUACAGGCCCUCACACUCACACACACACACAACCUACAGAGUCUGGAGUCCGAGACCAUCCUGCACCUGGCCUUUACCCAGCUGAUGCUGGGUGUCCCUGAGCAAGCUCUGGCACUGGUCCAGGCUGUGCUGGAGUCUGUUCUGGCACACGGAGCCCUGCUGAAGAAGGGUCGUGCCCUGUUGCUCAUGGCCCGCUGCCAGGCUGUGCUGGCUACGUCUGCCCCGGAGGAGCUCCGCCUGGGGAAGGUGGAGAUGGCGGUACAGACUCUAGCAGAGGCCGCUGUGUUCUUUACCCAGCUGGGCUGUAAGCCCCGGCUGCGUGACGUCUACUACCUGCAGGCUCGCUUGUAUCACACUCUGGGAAACGUCCAAGAACGCAACAAAUGCGCUCUGCUCUUCCGCCUGCUAAACCAGGAGUUGCCACCAGGGAGCAGUAUAGCAGCCACACCCUUGUAAUCCUCCUCAGGGUGGGACAGCACCCUUUCCAAACACCUGCAGUGUCUGAUCACAGUGACAAAUACAGCUGCUUUUGUACAGA